AUGGCCGAGCUCGACAUGGAAGCUAGGGAUUUCGACGCGGCAAGAUCCCCUCUUGCUGCUUACUUGCGCAAGCGGAUCACUCCACAACAGAUCGCCUCGAUGCAAGCUGCAGAGCAACAACAGGCUGCUCAGAAUCAAGCACAACAACAACCACAACAACAGACAAGUACAGGUCGAAUGGCUGCUCAAGCCGCUACCAAAGGGACUACCAUCGCCUCAAGUCAGCUGUCAACGGUGCCUGUAGGUCAACAACAUGGCACGACACCCGGUAGGAACGGUCCAGCGACCACCACCACAUCGGCCUACUCUUUCUACAACAAGUUUGGCGGAACCACCCUGUCGACAUCGAGUGCAAAACCCGCCAGCUCGUCAGCUGUGAAGGUUCUUACAUCGUCUUCGUCAUCGUCUGCUUCCCCGUCUUUCUCGCCCAUCCCGACGUCCACCUCGACCCGGGGCGUCCUCACCAUCAUCGAGACGCCAUCAGUCAAGUCGACUGCGACUGUGGCGACGAGCUCAUCAGCGCGUCCGAGCGCAGAUACCGCCGAAGAUGCCACCCAAUCGACCAAAAUGUCCUCCGGUCACGUCGCUGGAGCCGUCAUUGGUGUUUUGAUCGCUCUCCUCUUAGUCGGAGCUGCUGCCGGAUGGCUCUAUCGCAAAUGGUCUGGACGAAAAUACUCUGUCCACAAUCGAUCCUGGAGCAAAAUGCAAGAAGACGAUAUCAGUCCCUUCCCACCCAACGAAAAGCUCAUGGCGAGCCACAACGAUGAUAUCUAUGGGGCUUCUGCUGCACCAGUCAUUGGCUCUCGACGUGCUUUGGCGUUGGCGCGUCAGAACGCCUUCAAUCCUGAUGGAUCUUAUCGCGACUCGGAAUACCUGGCUGCAAACGGGAAUCGGGCAGGAUACGGUGCAGGGCACUCGGCCGAUCAGGGUCCUUACAGGUCUCACCCUCUUGAGCAGUUGGACAGUCGAGGUUACAGCGCCGCAGCAAAUGGAUCACCUCAUAUGUACUCUGACCAGUUCGACUCUGAUUCACCUCAUGCUUUGUCGCCUCCCAUGGGUGGUCAUGGUGCAGCGACUCGACAGUUGCUGGGUCCCGCACCCAUAGAUCCCCCUUACGGGAUGCCUUCCAUGGCCAUGGGCCGCCCCGCCGCUCCAGAGACUGAAGACGACUUUGCUCAUCUCUAUCAGUAUGGCGAUAUGCCUUCUACCCACAGUCCAUUCGGAGACGACAAGGAAGUUCCUUACACGCCUCAUACCGCCACGACCAUGGGCGAAUGGAGAGGCGAUGCCAAGCACCCUCUUGGAGCCCCCUUGCGUCCCACUCGACCAGGUGAUGAGCACAGACGACACAGCCCCCCUACUCAGGACCGAUCGAUCACGCCGCCUAGCCAGGCGGCACGUGCUUUGUCACCUCCGCCUCCGCCUCCCAUCGCCAAGGACUAUCCCCACACAGCCACCGCUCCGCCCGCCGUUUUACCUGACAUUCGACCCAUGAGCUCGAUUCGAAUGAGCACGUUUGACCUUCGCACCGAAUCUCGACCGAUGACCAUGUACGAGGACGAAUCAGCUCAACAAAAGAGAAUGUACGGUGAAGUCGCCUCGGCCGCAGGCGUCUUGGAACCUCCCACGCCCAAGUUGAACACUUCGACGAGCUCGAGAACGAGCGAUGCAGGCAACACGACGCAUUCUUCGUUCUCCGCGCACGAGAUGCCUGCUCGACUGCCAAUGUUGCACCUUGACCCUCCCGCCCCGUAUGUCCACGGUCAACCCUUGUCCCCGCUCGCCGAAGUGGAUACACCUCGAAGUGGCAUAUCAAAGACGACUAUUCAGACCGAUCGAGCUGCAUCUCCUCUCGGUCAACACGCAACUCGUGACGAGAACCCAUUCGAGAGGACACUGGUAGCUGCCAGACAGAACAUUCAACCCUCCCAGUCGGAUGUCGGCCUCGCGCCUCCUUUCGGAGAUGGACCAGCUUUCCCCUCACCUGCAUUCCCACCUCCCAGUCCUGGAGGCAUGAGCGUCCCCGGGAGCGUCACGGAUUCCCCUAGACGCUGGAGCGGGUCUGGAGCUCGAGCCGAACGAGCAGAGAGCAGAGGCGUCAGCAUGUUCUACGGCGAAGAUGCGUACGGUGGUAUUUAG